AUGUGUGCUUUGGCCAAAACUCAAUGGACUAAUUCAUCAUGGCGUAUUGAUCAAGUGGGUACAAUGCAAAGUUACAACUGGGAAAAUACUUCUUGCUCAGUUUUCAUUGAAAACUCUACAUGUGAUCAAGGAGCAGUGCCUGUUUUGGCUGUCAAUGCUACGCUACCUGAACAUGUUCAAACAACUAUUCAAUUCGUUCAGAGAUAUAAUCUCCGUUUAGUUAUUAAAACAAGCGGUCACGACUUCUUAGGUCGUUCGACAGCCUAUGGUGCGUUGCUUCUUUGGGUUCAUUAUAUGAAAAAUAUGACACUAAUUGAUAUAUACACAGGAUGCGGUAAUGUGGUGCCAAAUGCGAUUCGUCUUAGUGCAGGUGUUGAAUGGGGUGAAGUAUACUCAUGGCUAAAUGAACACAAUUUAACUGCGAUAGGAGGAUCAUCAGGUACAGUGGGUAGUGUAGGUGGUUAUUUACAGGGAGGUGGCCAUAGCAUACUGUCACGUUGGAAAGGAUUGUCCACCGAUAACAUUCUUGAAUUCGAUGUUGUCACAGCCGAUGGGCAACGUCAGACGGCAAAUGCUUGUCAAAAUAAGGAUUUAUUCUGGGCUUUAGCAGGUGGAGGGGGUGGUACUUUUGCUGUUGUACUUAAUGCUGUUCUACGUACUUAUCCAUCACCACCUCUGAUUGUUUUUCUGUGGUACAUUUCUCCGCUGAAUGGAACACGUUAUGACAAUUUCAUUCGAGAUGUAGUGAAAUUUUUACCUACACUUGCAGACGGGAACUGGUCGGGCUAUUUUUCAUUCUAUGACGCAAGUGCUUCGUUAGCAUUUAUAUGUCCGUAUGGAGAUAUGAACGUUGCCAAUGCGACAAUAAGUGGUUUUAUUCAAAACAACACAGAUCUAGAUUUGACCAAGGAAGUUCUCUUUUCAUCACCAUCAUUUUAUCCGUUCUUCAAUACUGCACUUGAGCCAAACAAUCCGACAGGUGGCAAUGUCUUACUUGGGUCACGUCUGAUUCCUGAAGCCAUCGUACAUAAUCAAUCUGACGAUGUAGCGCAGGCAUUUAUUGAUGUUCGAAAUAACAGAAUAAAUCAGGGGCAACUAAUCGGACAUCUUAUAGCUGGUGGACAAGUGUCGAAAAUCAAUAAUGAUACCAGUGUCAAUCCAGUGUGGCGUACAAGUCUGAUUCACAUCAUCUACGGUACCGGAUGGCCCGAUUUGACUUCCCAAGCGGAUCAACAAGUAAUAGCUAAACAUGUCACUAGCCAGGUACAAAUUUUACAAAGAAUUGCCGGUGGUAAUCAGUCUGGUUGUUACAUGAAUGAAGCUGAUCCGAAUGAACCGAAUUGGCAACAGAAAUUCUUUGGCACACAAGAAAAUUAUGAUCGACUAAAAGCGAUAAAAAAUGCAGUGGAUCCACUUGGAUUAUUCAUUUGUAAGAAUUGUGUGGGCAGUGAUGAUUGGACACUGGAUCUCAAUUGUCCGAAAAUAGCAGAUAUUUCGACAACAUCCAAUCCUACGACGACAUCAACUUCUGUCAAGCUCGACUUCACAGUGUCGUGUAUACUGGUAGUGAUUCUUCUACUGGCCUAUUAAAAUGUAUUUUUUAAGAACUACCAGCCGAAAAAAACCAAAGCUACGAACACAUAAUUCAAUUUGAAACAGAAUAAUUAUUUAUUACAAUUUGUUUUCUUUACUCUAAUUUCGUUAACUAUAUUGGUUGAAUAUACACCAGCGAUUUUGUAUCGAAUGUUCUCAUAGCUUGAUUUUUGAUCUAGGAUAACUGCUGUCAGCGUGAAACAUAGUUUCACAUGAGAGCUAUGCAGUCCAUUUACUUUUUUUGGAUCACGAUUGGAAAUGAAUGUUGAAGUACAUAGGAUGAGAAUUGGGCACAUGUUUCACAGGCCAUGAUAGGAAUGUCGACAUACUAUUUUGAAGCUCGCGACCACGGAUUUAUUAAUUUAUUUAAAUAUGUCCUUAUUUCCUAGGCCAACAGUUGAAGAUAUAGAAUUAGUAAAUAGGUAAUUCAUUUGUAUCUGUGUGUCUGUCUGAAGCGCACCCACACCAACACGCGCACCCACACCCAUUAAAAAACAUUGUUAGGAAAAAGUCGAACAGUGCAAGCAAAAAAACUAAGCGAAU